AUGACCGCAGGUCCUCAGGCGUUCGCGACUGCGCAGCCGAUUAAGAAGGAGGAGGAGAAGUUGACGUCUACGUUUGAUCCGGAGCAUGUUACGGUUAUUUUCGUCCUUGGUGGACCUGGCGCUGGGAAGGGAACCCAGUGCGCGAAUUUGGUUCGGGAUUAUGGGUUUAAACACCUCUCUGCCGGAGACCUCCUCCGCGCUGAACAAGAACGCGAGGGAUCACAGUAUGGUGAGCUCAUCCGUACGCAUAUCAAGGAAGGUAAGAUCGUACCUAUGGAAGUCACGAUCAAGCUCCUCGAAAAAGCUAUGGGCGAGGCUGUGGUGAGGGGAUCAACACGCUUUCUCAUCGACGGGUUCCCCCGCAAGAUGGACCAAGCCGUCGCGUUCGAAAAGAGUGUUUGCCCGUCGAAAUUCACACUUUUCUUUACGUGCUCCGAAAGCACGAUGCUCUCUCGCCUCCUCCACCGCGGUGAGACAUCGGGCCGUGACGACGAUAACGUGGAGUCGAUCAAGAAGAGGUUCAGGACGUUCGUGGAGACGAGUAUGCCUGUUGUGCAGUAUUUUGAGGGGAAGGGGAAGGUGUUGAAGGUUAGUUGUGAGGAGAGUGUUGAGGCGGUUUAUGGGCAGGUUAGGACGAGGCUUGAGGAGGGGUUGAAGAAGAGAGGGGCGCCCAUUGCUAAAUAG